AUGCUUUUACUUCUUAUUUAUUUAAUAAAUAGCUUCUCUAGAAACAGGGUUACAUACAGUGUGCAUCCUAAAAGCAUUAAAAAAAAAACGUUUGGAAACAUUUGUGAGAAACUGAUGUUAUACUGUUCACAACCACUAGAGGGAGGUACUGAGAAAGUUUUCAUCAGUGCUGAACUUUGGAACUACAAUCCGGGUUUAACAAAUGUGGGUCAAACUGGAUAGUUCUAAAGUUGCAGUCAUAUGACUUCCAGCUGGUUGGAUGUGAGUUCAAAAGAAAAAAAAAUAGAAGAAGAGAAAUGCUUUCAGGCGCUAAAUCAAAAGUUUCGAGGCGCAUGACUGCGUUGAACCCGCUGGUCUGUGGUUGUUUUUGCACACGGAGAGAUGGGAGGUCUUUGGAAGAGGCUCCUCUGCUUUGGACGGAAUAAAAUGUGGAGCGGCUGAUUUCCCCCUUUUCCUCACCUGCUUGAGGAGGAGUUUUCGCAUGGAAGACCUGAAUGGCGGCGGAACAGAGCGCCAGGCUGCGGGGCGAGGAGAGACGCCGCAGGCGGGACCGCACGCUCGCGGUCGGAGGAGAGUGGCGGCGGUCUGCUGUCCCGCUCUGUCCGCCGCGCGCCUCGUCAUACCUGGAGUGAUGGACGCGGGAGGGAGGGUGGACGAGUCCAGACUGAGGAUGCACAUCUUCAAAAACGGUGGGGUUUCUCCAUCGGAUCGUGGCCUGGUGUGGCGUUUCCUGUUUGGAAUGUACCCGUGCGGCUCCACGGCUUUGGAGCGCUCUCUGCUGCAGGAGCAGUUGUUCGUACGUUACCGGGUCAUGAAGAGGAAGUGGCAAAGUUUCCUGCCCUCAGCAAAGAAAAUUAGCCUCAAUGGCACAGAUGCUGAGUUGAUCAAAGCUGUCAGGUACUUUGAGGAGAGGGAGGCUCAGGCACAGCAGGAGAGCCAGGUCCAGUCAGAGGAGGUCCAGGAGAGACUUUCUUUUUUGGAGCUUCAAGCGCAGUUUUUGUUUGGAGCGGUCUCGUUUCACCGUGAGGAGCUGCAGGAAGCCAUUAGGAUCAUCGACAAAGAUGUUCCCAGAACCAACAGAGAUCUAAGCUACUACCAGAAUGAAGGCUUAGGAAAUCUGCUGGUUCUGAGAGAUAUCCUCAUCACCUACGCAGCGUUUCAUCCAGAGGUCAGUUAUGCGCAGGGGAUGAACGACCUGUGCAGCCGCUUCCUUGAAGUUCUGGACUGUGAGGUUGACACCUUCUGGAGCUUUUCCUGCUACAUGGAGAAGUUUUCCAAAGAUUUCCAGGCUGACGGUCUGCACAGGAAAAUUGAGCUUGAGGCAGCCCUGCUGAAGGAAUUGGACCCUCCCCUGUAUGCUCAUUUGACCAAAGACAACAUGGAGAGCUUCACUUUCUGCCACAGGUGGCUUCUGCUCGGUUUCCAAAGAGAGUUUGAGCACAGUGAUGCUCUGCGCUUGUUUGAGAUCUUGAGUUGUGACCACCUGGAGCUCAUCUCACAGCAGGUGGACCGGGCGCGUUAUCGUGAGAGGCUAGCACAAGAAAACACAGCAGGUGAAGCUCGGGGCAGAGGUGCACCUGUGACGUUUCUGACAACUCACACACUCACACGUCUUCUCCCUGGGAUGUUUGCAGAGGACAGUCCAGAGUCGGAGCUCCAGACGUUCAACACAGACUUCACCUUUGAGCUGUUCGUCUGUGCAGCCAUUCUGCUGGACAACAGAGAGUCUCUGCUGCAGUGCAGGGAUGACGUCCAGCUCAUCCAGUUUACCAGCAGUCUACACGGAAAACUGGACCUGAACAGCACGCUGCAGAAAGCGGAACGCCACUUCUAUAACUACUGCAAGAGUUGUUCCUGGGAUUAUAUGAACGGACGCUGCAGAGCGAACACAAACACACAGGAAGACUUCAUCGAUCACCUCCGUAGCUUAUUCAUUUUAAAGCGUUAGCUUAAAGGGUCAACACACUGUCAAUGUAUAGUUUUAUUUCUAAGGGAAGCAUUUAUAUUUAUAGUGGCUGCUCUUGUUAAUAAUUAUUAAUUCAUGUUUAGGAUCCUCAUGAUGUUGUCGUUUGUUUUCACUGUACAGUAUUUAUUUUAUAAAUGAAGAGAAAAAGAAAAUAAAAAAAACUUUCUUUGCUUUCUUGAUCAUUUCAUAUUUUCUGUCACGUGGCUCAAAAAAAGUCUCUCGUGAGAUUAUGCAACACGGAACUGUUUGUAGGUGUAGUGUGUUGUAGCAGGUGGUGUAAUCAACACACUGCAGUUUUAUUUAAGGCCUGAAGAGCCAAUGCAACAAGAAUAGCUGAACUUUAGCUGGGCCUGAAAUGGAGAUGAAACUCAUGGAGAAUUUUCAGUAAAAAAAAAGAAUAAAGCUGCUAAAAUAAUAAAAAAAUAACUAGAUAGGUAUAGUAACACCCUUAUUUAGUCUCUUGUUAAAAAAAUAUAUAUUUUUUGUAUGUAAUACUCUUGAAAAGUUGCAAGUCAAAUAGGGUUUUGGAAGAUUUUUUUUUUUUUUUAAGUCAAGGAAAAGUAGUUCAAAGUACAUGUUAAAAACAAAGCCAUUCACAUAUGUAUUCAUUUGGCUGUCUGGG